UAUAUUAAAUAAUUAAUAAUUAAUAAUUCCAGGUGAUGAGAUGCGAAAAAAGCAGGACCUUUCGCUCUUGGACCUGCCCGAUGUCGUUUCGCUUCGGACCUUUCUAGUAUUCCUGUAAUCCGAACCCGAACCCGCUAAUUUCUCCUUCCCGCCGUCGGCUUUUUUACCAGUUUUUUUUUGCCCGUCUCUCAUCCCCGGGCUAGGGUUUCUGCUAAGGUUACCUUGAUGGUGACCAAUAAUUAUAUCACCAUGAACGGGAACAGGUUUACUAAGGUAGAAGAAGAGUUCAUCAAGAAGUACCAUAAACACGACGUUAAAGAAAAUCAGUGCAGUUCUUCGCUCGUUAAACACAUCAAAGCUCCAGUUCAUCUUGUUUGGUCUUUGGUGAGGAGAUUCGAUCAACCGCAGAAGUACAAGCCAUUUGUUAGUAGGUGUGUUCUACAAGGUGACCUUCAGAUUGGAAGUGUUAGAGAAGUCAAUGUUAAGUCAGGUUUGCCGGCCACAACUAGCACCGAAAGGUUAGAGUAUCUAGAUGAUGACGAGCACAUCUUGAGCAUGAGGAUUGUUGGAGGAGAUCACAGGUUGAAGAACUACUCAUCCAUUGUUACAGUCCAUCCCAAGGUCAUUGAUGGCAGACCAGGAACAUUGGUGAUCGAAUCAUUUGUAGUGGAUGUACCAGAAGGGAACACCAAGGAUGAAACAUGUUACUUUGUCGAGGCAUUGAUAAAGUGCAACCUCAAGUCACUGGCUGAUGUUUCAGAGCGUUUGGCUGUUCAGGAUCGGACUGAGCCGAUCGAAAGAAUGUGAAUAGUCCAGGUCCCAAUUAGCACCAUCAAGGUAAAUCAUUGUGGGUGAUAAGUAAGAUACUCUUGUUAUUAGAUUCCCUGGUAGCAGAGUGAACUUCUCUAUUGUAUUUUAUGCUUCUUUUUAACUAGAACAUGAUCUCUAGGUGUCUUGUGUUGAUAGUAGCUGAUAAUUAAAACUCAUCCGCGGCCUACGGAUUUACUAAAUGAAGAAACAAAAUCGAAAAUUUCUUGGUGGUGUUCUCUAUGUUGAAUAAUAGGGGUGGUGAAAUUGUUAUUUGCUUGUAAAUAUGUAAACAGGGAUAGAAACUCUUAAUAUCUUUAGUUUUUGCAUGUUCCUGCUGUAGAAAAGUCAGGUCUGGUAGAUAUAAUGGUAUGUAUGUUGGUAAUUGGUAAAUGAUAUGAAUUGACUUAUGUAGCAAGUUAUUUGUACUAAUCUGAAGAGGGUCUUUUUUAUUUUUA